UCGUCACUCCUGCAAGCACGCGCACCCCAAAACGCGCAGUGAUACACCUAUAGCGUUUCAUUUUCCUAUUACAGCAUGUCUUAGACAUCGGCAGCCGGGAUCCAAGCUCAUAAGAUAACUGAUAAUCAUGGAGAAAGGGAACCAGUGAAGCUAUUUCUCAUUUUGAUCACUUUCUCCAAAAUCAAGAAUCAUCAGUGGUCAACAAGUUCCAUCAGAAAUACUGGAAAACCAAGCAAACACUGAUUAAAGUCACAGGAAAGAAGGAAGAUGAACAUGUCGUUGCUUCUGAUGCUGAUCUGGACGCUAAACUGGAGGUGUUUCAUUCAGUACAGAGAACAUGCAUGGAGCUCCUUAAGGUGAUUGAACAAUAUCAAAUGAGAAUCAGCCUUUUGUCCCAGGAGGAGAAUGAACUGGGUCGGUUCCUGGGUUCACAGGGCUCUCAGGACAAAAGUCAUGCUGGAAAGAUCAUGCAAGCUACUGGGAAAGCUCUCUGCUUCUCUUCACAACAGAGGUCUCUUCAAGCUUCUAAUCAAAUGCGAUUGGUUUUGGAAUUCUUCUUCUUCGAUUGGUUCAUUCGUUUCUCACUGCAGAUUGGCGCUGCGAGGUCCGCUGGGCCGUCUGUACCAGGAGGUGGAGACGUUUCGUUACCGAGCCAUUUCUGACACGUGGCUUACAGUGAACAGGAUGGAACAGUCACGGACCGAGUACAGAGGAGCUCUGCUCUGGAUGAAGGACGUUUCUCAGGAGCUCGACCCAGACACACACAAGCAGAUGGAGAAGUUCCGUAAGGUUCAAACUCAGGUGCGUCAUACCAAGACAGGUUUUGACAAACUGAAGAAUGAUGUCUGUCAGAAGGUUGAUCUGCUCGGAGCCAGUCGCUGUAAUCUGCUCUCACACGUCCUGACAGCCUAUCAGACCACACUGCUACAUUUCUGGGAGAAAACCUCUCACACUAUGGCUGCUAUUCAUGAGAGUUUCAAGGGCUGCCAGACUCAUGAGGCUUCAGUGCUGGGGGGUUCAGAUCAAGCUGCACAGAAAAAGGUAAAGAAGAAAACGAAGGCAAAAGCAGAAGAUGAGGAGACGAGUCAGAACACAGAUGAAACGCUUAUUUCAAUUGAAGAAGAAACUCUGAGCAGUAACCUCAUGAAAACAGGAAAUGAUGACACUUUCUCUGGCGGUCAGGAGAAGGACGGCUUGAGUUUGUUGAAUGAGAUCCUAGGCAGCAGUUCUCUGGAGGACAGGGGUUUCUCACGGGAAUGGCGCGAGGUGUUUGGAGAAGAUGAUCCGACCGGCGGUAGCAGAGCAGAGACGCAGCUGCCCGAGGAGGAGCCCGCUUUCUUUCUGCCUUCCAAACUACUCGACCAGAACAUGAAGGACCUACAGUCCACAGUCUCAGGUUGGACAUCAGCCAUUCCACAGAACAUUCCUGAAAACUCAUGUGUAGCAAGUCAAAUCUCUUCCAAAUCUGCAGUGAAAGGUAAAUAUGAUACUUCCAAAGAUCUCUCCGCUUGGUUCAAUCUGUUUGCCGAUCUGGAUCCGCUGUCAAACCCGGAUGCAAUCGGCCGAACGGAUGAGGAACACAAGCUACUGAACGCAUAAUGCUGCACUUUAUAGCUCUUGUCACUGGCACACAUGACAGUUGAUGUAAGAAGCCUACAGAAACCUGCACUGAACAGAUAUCAACUCUGCUUUUUCUGUGCCAUAGCAGUUAACCUUCAUUAUUUAAUGAAUAAACACUUGCUGCCAAAGGAAGCUAAUAAUAAUCACUCUGGCCUUGAUUCCUUUUCCAUUUGCUAGUAUUGUCAAGGCAAUUUGAAUUGCCAUAACAAUGUGGAUUUUCUUGUAUUACAUAACUGUAUAUACUGACACAUUAUCAUUAUCAGAAACAGUAAGUAGUUUGGGUUUGUAUAUUGUGAUAUUGCAUGAUUUCAGAUUUAUAAUGUUGCCUUGAUCAGUUCAGAAAUAGAAAGUAUUUUUGCAAAUAUUAUUUAAGUAGUUAAAGUAUACUAAAACUAAAACUAAUGCUGCAUUUUGGAAGCCUUAAAUAUGAGAGGACUUUAAUUUAUUUUAAUGAAUAGUAUAUAUUAGAUUAUUGGAACUUCAACUGAUGUGAAAGCAGCUAAUAAUAGGUCAAGGUGUGCAUACAUUUAAAAUGUAUGUUUAUGUUAUACAAAGCAACUGUGCUCACUUUUAACAGGCUUGGUUCUGGUAAUUUUAAUUUUUCUGGAAACACAUGUAUAAUAAAUAAUAAAAUAACAGAUUUUCAUUGUAGGUUUGUUGAAAGGUGAAACAUUUUGAGGAAAUUAAUGGGAUUUUUACUUCCAGAGCCUGACUAUUAUACUUCAACAUUAUUAAACAUUGGUAAAACAGCUUGGCCAAACCAGGUCCUAUGAAGCAAGCAUUUAUAUAUCUGUGAACUGAAUUUCUUAGUGCUGAUUAUGUGUUUGUGUGCCUGAAAACUGAUUCCCGUGAACUACAAAUUACCUUUCACCGUGCAUAUUGUUACAUGCAAGUGCAAUAAAAUGUAAUACAGGUUUGUAAACUUGAUUCCACAUAACACAACCCACAGUGAACUCAAAAGGCCUUACUGAGGUCAGUUCUUAUCAGUGCUUUACUAGCAAAAGUCAAAUAUGCAUAUCAUAAUAAAUCAUAUCCCACUACACCAAAUAAUGCCAUACAAUUUUCGGUCUUUUGUGUUGUACUCAUGUGCUUAUUCCAUUUGUAAUAUGGCUGUAACCCUGAAUGGCAUGAAAUGAAUAAAAGCUGCUUCAUUUUA